GGCCGCCUCUUACAGAAAAUGAUCAAUCCCUGAACGAGGUGGGAGGGUCACUUGAUACCGGCUCUCUCUCAGCGGCUGUCGGAGAGAUGCUCACUGCUGUCCAGAUGACUUCACGGGUUGUGCGUCGCGGGAGCUCGUAGAAUAAAUUAACCGGCAGUUCAUCUCGCUGUAUUUGCCGUCCACACACAUCCACGGACUGACCGACUGAGACGCGGGACAUCCCCCAGCAAAAAUAACCGGCGAAAUAACCGGAUCUGCGCUAUUCAUGAAUGAGUCUCCCCUUCUUUCAAGAAAUAUGUGAAGAUAACAAAACCGAACUUCAGCUCAUCUUUUGCUGCGCAAUCUUGCUCUUUGCUGACACACGAUCGCAGGUGUUUUGUCUGAGCUCGGUAUUUUUUGGAGCCCUGUGGGAAUGGGAACGUGCCUGGAUAAAGGAUGGACUUACUGCGGCCUCACUAAAGGUCAUGGUCGUCUUAAGGUCAUGUCAUGGCCUCUGGCAGUGUGGCUAUUGACUCUAAUUUCUGUGAAUCAAAAGACGACUGCUGGACAGACUCUGAACGCCUUCCAGUCGGAGAGGAAGGAAUGGUCGUUGAACCACCUGACUGUACAUCAGUCUACUGGGGCUUUGUAUGUUGGAGCUGUCAAUCGAAUCUACAAGUUGUCAGCCAAUCUCACCCUCCUAGUGUCCCAUGACACAGGACCAGAGUAUGACAACAAAGCAUGUUAUCCUCCACUGAUUGUCCAGCCCUGUUCUGAGCCACUUGCCUCCACUGACAACGUCAACAAAUUGUUGCUCAUCGACUACUCUCAUAAUCGACUGCUAGCCUGUGGCAGUCUCUACCAAGGCGUCUGCAAGCUGAUGAGGCUGGAUGACUUGUUCAUCCUUGUGGAGCCCACACACAAGAAAGAACACUACCUAUCCAGUGACAACCAAACAGGUACUAUGUAUGGGGUUGUGGUGCCUUCACAGGGUCAGGAUGCGACUCUAUACAUCGGCACGGCUGUUGGUGGAAAACAGGACUACUUCCCGACUAUAUCCAGCCGCAAGCUGCCUCGUGACCCAGAGUCUUCUGCCAUGCUGGACUACGAGCUUCACACUGACUUUGUUUCUUCUCUCAUUAAAAUCCCCUCUGACACACUGGCUCUUGUUCCACAUUUUGACAUCUACUACAUCUACGGUUUCGCCAGUGGCAGCUUUGUCUACUUCAUGACUGUCCAGCCGGAGACGCCUGAGAAUGGGAUGCCUGCUGGCAGCUCCCCUGGCGACCUGUUUUACACCUCUCGCAUCAUCCGCCUCUGCAAAGGUGACAAGAAGUUCCACUCAUAUGUGUCACUUCCUGUGGGGUGCAUACAUAGAGGCGAGGAAUACCGUCUGCUGCAAGCGGCUUACCUGUCGAAGGCUGGCAGGGUUCUGGCAAAGUCACUCAACAUCAGCGCCCAGCAGGACGUGCUUUUUGCCGUGUUCUCCAAAGGACAGAAGCAGUGCCAUGACCCUCCAGAUCACUCUGCUCUCUGCGUCUUCACCAUACAAGACAUCAACACACGCAUCAAAGAGCGGCUGCAGUCCUGCUACCAGGGAGAGGGAAACCUGGAGCUGCAUUGGCUGCUGGGAAAGGAUGUGCAGUGCACCAAGGCGCCUGUUCCUAUCGAUGAUCACUUCUGCGGCCUGGAUAUAAACCAGCCCCUGGGGGGCUCCCAGCUGGUGUCGGGUCAGACGGUGUACACCGAGAGCAGGGACAGGCUGACCUCUGUCACCUCCUACGUCUACAAUGGCCACAGUGUGGUCUUCCUGGGAACCAGGAGUGGACGGCUGAAGAAGAUCAGAGUGGACGGUCCUCUGGAGGGAGGAGUACUGUACGAGACAGUGACCGUGAUGAAGGAUAGCAGCCCCAUCCUCCGGGACAUGGCCUUCUCCCUGGACAGGAGCUCUCUCUAUGUCAUGUCUGACAAUCAGGUGGCUCAGGUGCCUGUGGAGGCCUGUGAGCAGUAUGGCACAUGUGCAGAGUGUCUGAGCUCUGGUGACCCCCACUGUGGCUGGUGUGUCCUGUAUAACAUGUGCUCCAGAAGGGAUCGCUGUCACAGGGCGGAGGAGUCCUUCCAUUUCGCCACUGACAUUGACCGCUGUGUGAAGGUUAUCGCUCACCCGGACAGCAUUGCUGUAUCAGCACAUAGUGUCCCUCUUCUGCUGGAGGUGAAUAAUGUUCCAGACCUUUCUGCUGGAAUCACCUGUUCAUUUGGCCAGCAGGCCCAAAUGGAGGGUCACGUCAAUGGGAACAGGGUUAUGUGUCUGUCCCCAGCUGGGAAGGAGGUCCCUCAGAUACCACAAGGACAAGACUGGGCUGGCGUAGAGCUUCGUCUGAACUCAAAGGAGACCGGUCAAAUGGUCGCUAGCACAGAGGUGAAGUUCUACAACUGCAGCACACAUAAAACGUGUCUGUCCUGUGUAAACAGUACGUUUCGCUGUCACUGGUGUAAAUAUCGCAACCUGUGCACCCAUGACCCCAGCAGCUGUUCCUUCCAGGAGGGCAGAGUCAACGCCUCAGAGGACUGCCCUCAGCUCCUUCAUUCUGGGGAAAUUCUCAUUCCAGCCGGUGAGGUCCGACCGAUCACACUGAGGGCCCGAAACCUUCCCCAGCCGCAGUCGGGCCAGCGGGGCUACGAGUGCGUGGUGCACGUGCAGGGUGUCAGCCACCGUGUCACUGCGCUGCGCUUCAACAGCACCAGUGUGCAGUGCCAGAACAGCUCGUACAUGUAUGAGGGUGUGAAGAUCAGUGACCUGGCAGCGGACCUCUCCAUAGUAUGGAACGGCAAUUUCAUCAUCGACAAUCCCGAGAAGAUUAAAGUGCACCUCUACAAGUGCAGCGCCCAGCGGGACAGCUGUGGCAUGUGUCUGCGGGCGGACAGGAAGUUCCAGUGUGGCUGGUGUAGCGGCGAGGGCCGAUGCACCAUGAGGCAGCACUGUCCUCCCAUCUCCCCCUAUGCUAGCCGCUGGCUGCACCUUUCCACCAGGAAUGUCAAGUGUACAAACCCACGCAUUACUGAGGUGAGCCCAGUGGCAGGACCCUUGGAGGGAGGCACACUGGUCACCAUCCAAGGCCUGAACCUGGGUCUGUCCUUUUCUGAGCUGGAAGGCAACGUGGAGGUGGCGGGUGUGCAGUGCACCCCACAGGAGAUGGGAUACAUCACUGCAGAACAGAUUGUGUGUGAAAUGGCCUCAGCUACCAAAGGAAGCGCACCAGGCCCGGUUAAGCUGUGUGUUGGCGAGUGCAGACCAGAACUACGCGCACAGUCUUCCCAGCUCUACUCCUUUGUGACCCCUUCGAUGCUGGCCCUUACCCCUGGCAGAGGGCCUGAAUCUGGGGGCACCAAGGUCACUAUUGUUGGGGAGAACCUGGGUGCUGGAAGUACUGUUAAAGUGUACUUUGGUAGCCAGAUCUGUGAGCUGUACAGAAGGACCAUGUCAGAGAUUGUGUGCUUCUCCCCACCGUCUGUGACAAGAGCCGGACCGGUGCAAGUCAGUUUGAGUGUCGACCGGGCCAGAGUUCCUGGGAAUUUGGCCUUUGAGUACAUAGAAGACCCCACAGUCCAGCGCAUUGAACCCCUGUGGAGCAUUACUAGUGGACACACCACCCUGACAGUGACUGGAACCAACCUGGAUGUAGUUCAGGAGCCGCGCGUCAGAGUCAAAUAUGGCGGCCAUGAAUCUGUCAAUGUGUGCAAAGUGGUGAAUACAACCACCAUCAGCUGCUUCGCGCCCUCGCUGAAGUCGGAGUACAUGGCUGACCAGGAGACAAUCAAACACGUGGACGAGUUUGGCUUCGUCUUCAACAACGUCCAGGCUCUGCUCACUUACCACAACACGAGCUUUGUCUACUACCCCAACCCUUACCUGGAGCCACUCAGUCUGACAGGUGUCCUGGAGCAGAAACCUGGCGCUCCAAUCAUACUCAAAGGACGUAACCUGGUGCCAUCUGCAUCUGGCGGAGCCAGGCUGAAUUACACGGUGCUGAUUGGAGAUACGCCCUGUUCCCUCACUGUGUCUGACACUCAGUUACUCUGUGAGCCACCAAACCUCACCGGGCAGCACAAAAUCCUGGUCCAAGUAGGAGGACUCCACAUCUCUCCAGGAGAAGUUCACAUCCGGUCUGACAGCCUGCUCACUCUUCCUGCCAUCUUCAGCAUCGCAGCUGGAGGAGGGCUGCUCCUCAUCAUCGUCAUUAUAGUCCUGCUGGCCUACAGACGGAAGUCACACGAGAACGACCUCACUCUGAAGCGCCUGCAGAUGCAGAUGGACAAUCUGGAGUCCAGAGUGGCCCUGGAGUGCAAGGAGGCCUUUGCAGAGCUGCAGACAGACAUCAACGAGUUAACGAGUGAUCUGGACCGAGCCGGCAUCCCCUACCUGGACUAUCGGACUUAUGCCAUGAGGGUUCUCUUCCCCGGCAUCGACGAUCACCCCGUGCUCAGAGAGCUGGAGGUGCCGGGGAGUGGACAGACGAAUGUGGAGAAAGCCUUGAAGCAGUUUGCUCAGCUGGUGAAUAACAAGGUUUUCCUGCUGACAUUCAUCCGUACACUGGAGCUGCAGCGUUCCUUCUCUAUGCGUGACCGUGGCUACGUUGCCUCGCUUAUCAUGACUGCUCUGCAAGGACGGCUCGAGUACGCCACAGACAUCCUCAAACACCUCCUGUCAGAUCUCAUAGAACGCAACUUGGAGAGCAAGAACCACCCCAAACUACUCCUCCGGAGAACAGAGUCAGUGGCGGAGAAGAUGCUGACAAAUUGGUUUGCCUUCUUGCUCCACAAAUUUCUCAAGGAGUGUGCUGGCGAGCCUCUCUUCAUGCUGUUCUGUGCCAUCAAACAGCAAAUGGAGAAGGGACCCAUAGACUCCAUCACUGGAGAGGCACGCUAUUCCCUCAGUGAGGACAAACUCAUUCGACAGCAGAUUGAAUACAAGACGCUGAUACUGAGCUGUGUGAACCCGGACAAUGAGAACAGCCCAGAAAUCCCCGUCAAGGUGCUCAACUGUGACACCAUUACCCAAGUAAAGGAGAAGAUCCUGGAUGCGGUGUACAAGAACAUGCCCUAUUCGCAGCGACCACGGGCUGCAGACAUGGAUCUCGAAUGGCGACAGGGCAGAACAGCACGCGUGGUCCUGCAGGACGAGGACAUCACCACCAAGAUAGAAAAUGACUGGAAGAGACUUAACACACUCAUGCACUACCAGGUGUCUGAGCGCUGUGUGGUGGCCUUGGUGCCCAAACAGAUGUCCUCCUUCAACAUUCCUUCUUCAGCCAGCUUCCCACGCAGCAUCAGCAGAUACGGUGUGGAUGUACCCUUCCGCUCCACACCCACCAGCCCAGACAGCCCCCACUCCCGUGUGCCCAUGCUGACCCCUGACCUGGAGAGUGGGGUCAAAGUUUGGCACUUAGUCAAGAACCACGACCACGGGGAUCAGAAAGAGGGCGAGCGUGGCAGCAAGAUGGUGUCUGAGAUCUACCUGACAAGGCUGCUAGCAACAAAGGGUACACUGCAGAAGUUUGUGGACGACCUGUUUGAGACCCUGUUCAGCACUGUGUGUCGGGGCACAGCGCUUCCUCUAGCAAUCAAGUACAUGUUUGAUUUCCUGGAUGAGCAGGCUGACCGGCACGGCAUCCAUGACAUGGACGUUCGUCACACCUGGAAGAGCAACUGCCUGCCCUUGCGAUUCUGGGUAAACGUGAUCAAGAAUCCCCAGUUCGUGUUUGACAUUCAUAAAAGCAGCAUCACGGAUGCCUGCCUGUCCGUUGUGGCCCAGACCUUUAUGGACUCCUGCUCAACUUCUGAACAUCGUCUGGGCAAAGACUCGCCUUCCACCAAACUACUGUAUGCCAAGGACAUACCACAUUACAAAAGCUGGGUAGAAAGGUACUAUGCUGACAUCAACCGCCUGCCUGCCAUCAGUGAUCAGGAUAUGAAUGCCUAUCUGGCUGAACAGGCUCGCCUUCACUCCAGUGAGUUCAACAUGCUCAGUGCCCUCCAUGAGAUCUACGCUUACGUCAGCAAGUACAGCCAAGAGAUCAGUGAGGCACUGGAGCAGGAUGAACAGGCCCAGAAGCAGAGGUUGGCGUACAAAGUGGAGCAGAUCAUCUCAGCCAUGUCUACAGAGAGCUGAGACACACACACACCCACACACAUACAGUAUGCACACACUAUAACAAUGACACAAAUACUUUCUCACACACACUGCAGACAUAAUGGACCUACUGUAUAAACAAACAGACAAUACUUUGCAUACACAAAGAUAUACGACCACAAUUCCAGAAAACUGGGGUGCUGUGUAAGACAUAAGUAAAACCAGAUUACAAUCAUUUACUGUCAAUGAGUUUAUGAAGUGUUUCAGAGCCCAUGUAGCCUCAUCCUUGCUUGUGAAUGAGUGAGCCUUUUGAGGACGCUUCCUCCAUACCCAGUCAUGAUAUUAUCACCUGCUACCAGCGAACCUGUUC